AUGAGGAAAACUAUUAUAUACAAAGAAAAACCUUCAUCAAAUUCAUCAGAUGAUUAUUAUGAUGAAGUGGUUGAAACAACAUGGGUUGUUAAAUUGGGUGAUAAAAAUAUAACUGAUAAAGAUCUACUCAAUUAUCUUAACAAUCAAACAAAAGAUGAAGAUUUAUUUGAGCGUAAGAAUGGAAGUAAAAAUUCAGAUGAAAGCUCAAUUGAAACGGAAACUUCUUGGUUUACAAUGGGUAGAAAAAAUAAUCUAACAGGGAAAGAUAUUAUGAAGUUCUUUGAUGAUCAACUAGACUUAGACGACCUGUUAAAAACAGUUUUACCAACUGGAAAAGAAAAAACACCUCCACGUGAAGUGAUCUCAAGGAAAGUUUGGAUCUCAGAUAAUCUUGACAAAGAAUUAAAAGAAUGGAAUUUUGACCAAAUUGUACAAGAUACAUUUAAGGAUAUAUUAAAACAAA